UAUACUUUCCGCAUUUAACUUGGAUGACAUUUUUAUUUCAUCAUUAGCAUCAGACGCCAGACUGACUGACACGGCGGACACCGUUUGCGUUUUGACGAAAGAGCCCCCGGAAUGAGACAUCUCCAUGUUUACACGCGUUAUUUUUUUAUUACCUCUAAAAGCUUUUAUUAUUUUUCUAGCCUAGAAGGACGCGUGUUUCGACGCGCUCUCUAAAAGUGAAUCGAGCCUCCGCGUUAAAUCACCGAGAAGAAUAAAACAGGGACUCCUCGCAGUCCGGAUAUCGACAGUCUGUGAGUCAGCCUUGUUGGGUUUUUUUUUUUCUUUUUCUUUUUUUAAUUCCCGCUUCCGUGGUCCCUCUGCGUUCAGACCACAACCACAGCGAUGCCAGAGACAACGCAAGAGACGUGUGCUUCGGCCAAGGACUCUCCUUUCUUCAUUAAGAACCUGCUGAACUGUGAUAGCAAACCGUCCAAACCCAAGCCAGUGCUGGCUGCCACCAAGGCCGCCUUGGAGGGAGGAUUUUCCCUUUCCCAAGUCGGGGACUUGCAUUUUCCACGCUUUGACCUGCCCGCACAGAGGUUCAGUCUACCGGCUCACUACUUGGAGCGCACCUCGGCGUGGUGGUACCCCUACACCCUCAGCUCAUCCGCCCACCUACACAGAACUGAAGUCCCUGAGAAACCAGGAGCCAGAGACUCCUCUCCAACCUCGGGAACAGACAGAGACUCUCCCGACCUGGUGCUCAAAUCCGAGCCAGACGCCAAAGACGACGACGAGGACGACGAGCACAACAACAACAAGAGCGGCGACGAGAUAAUCCUGGAGGAGAGCGACACGGAAGAGGCCAAAAAAGACGAGCUGGAGGAGUGGAAGAAACGAGACGACGACAAGAAGCCGUGCCGUAAGAAGAAGACGCGCACAGUUUUCUCCCGGAGCCAGGUGUUCCAGCUGGAGUCCACCUUCGACAUGAAGCGGUACCUGAGCAGCUCGGAGCGGGCCGGCCUGGCCGCGUCCCUCCACCUGACGGAGACGCAAGUGAAGAUCUGGUUCCAGAACAGGAGGAACAAGUGGAAAAGGCAGCUGGCCGCGGAGCUGGAGGCCGCCAACCUGAGCCACGCCGCGGCGCAGAGGAUAGUCCGCGUGCCCAUCCUCUACCACGAGAACUCGACCUCGGAGAGCGGAGGCGCCACCGCCAACGUGCCCGUGAGCCAACCGCUGCUCACCUUCCCGCACCCCGGCGUCUACUACUCACACCCCAUCGUCACAUCCGUGCCGCUGCUCAGACCGGUUUGAGAAUGGCUGAGUCCGAAUUCAAGUUUAAAAAAAAAAAAAAAAGAAAAGAAAGAAAGAAAAAAAAGACCUAAAUAUUUUUGUACAACUGACAGAAUGAAGAAGAAGAGAAAAAAGAGAGAAAGAGACUGUCAGGCCUGCGUGGACCUAUUUUAGCAAAUAUAUUGUGUCAUUUUCCAUAAGGGUGCCGUUUACACAUGAUCCGACAAUUCAAAUCCCAUGUUUUAUAUUAUUAUUAUUAUCAUUAUUAAUAUUAUAUGAAUUUAUCACCUCUGGGGUCCACAUGCUCACACUGCCUGAUGAGUGUCUUUAAUUUUUUUCCCCCUAGGUUUUACACCAUGACUGUUGCUACACAGGCCAACUCAGUCUGCUAUUCAAAAAAACUAACAAACAAAGAAAAAGUACCUAGUUUACAAAUAUUGGCAGCCUACAGGCGCGGGCCUGCUCAUCAGCUAACACACGUAUUUGAUUUUGUUCACAUUUCCAGAGCUGAUAACACGAUGAUGUGCAAUACACUGACGGUGUGCUGUGAAUGAAUGAAUCCACUACACGGGUUUUGUUUAGUCAUCUAUUCACGGUGGGACACUGAUGAGGCUUUGUUGUAAUAUUUCUCCCCCCUCCUCCUUUUUUUUCGUUGUUUUGCUGUUUGAAGCGCUUGACGGGGACAAUCAAGACACUCUCAACUGUAAAAAAAACAAAACAAAAACAAAAACAAAAAAAACAAACAAACAAACAAAAAAAUACUCAUGUAGCUUUCUGUUUAGUUUUAGUGAUUUUCACUCGUGUUCCCUCCACAUGGACACGUCCUUCAAGCACAAGUGUGAGCUCCAAUGUCUCUUGAUCUACUUUGUGUUUUUGAACGGGAGCAAAGGAAAAAAAAAUAUCGACCACACUGGUGUACAAAAUAUGUAAAUGUAUAUAUUUAAUGAGGCGCGGGGGAGAGGAGCUGCCACUUGCGGCUUCUCCUUUGUACAGUAAAAACAACGUUUUGAUAUUGUAUUGCUGAACCAUGUUGUGAAAUAAAUGGAGAAUAUUCCUUACAUUUUAGGACAUUUCUUUUGUAUGGCUGCCGUCAUGUAUCCACUGGUGGAUUAGAACAUCUCAGAAAUAAAGUCUGAGGAGGUUAAAUGGACACAGUUUCUGCUCAACAUGUAUUUCAAAAUU